AUGAGAGGUCUCAGGGAUCAGGCCAAGAGAUUGGAAUACAAGAAAUCAAAAGAUUACGAUCCCGAGGACGACGCUGCAACCCACUCCGACGACGAUGAAGAAUACUCUGACGGCGAGGGAGAAGCCAACAGUGGUGCUGGACGAGAGCAUUACGAAAGUGUGGGACAGAGCAAGCUACGGAAAUCUGAUGAGCCAGCGUUAGGCGCAAUAUAUGAAGGCGUCGCAGUCAGUCGCAAAGCCUUAGAAGAGCAGGACGACCGUGACGCGGAGGAAGAUCCCUUCGCGCCUGUUGACGACGAUGAAGACGACGACGAUCCGUUUGGGGUUAAAGAUGAAGAUAUAAGCGACUCAGACGACGCCUCAGGUCUCAAUGGCCCCAUAGAUGGCGGCGCAGAGAUUGAUGAAGACGACGAAAUUGACAGCGACGAAGCCCUGGGCGAAAGCGAUGUUGAACGGUUUAAGAAUUUUACGUUUCGAGGCAGCAAAAUCAAUAGCAGAGGCUCUGUGGAAGAAGAUGAAUCUGGAAGCCAAGAAUCCGAAGAGGAGGAUGACCUCUCCGACGAUCAAUCAUCCGAACAGUCGGAGGGCUUGGAUUCAGAUGUUGAUAUGGACGACGAUGACGAACUAUCAGAGUCAGAGCCAGAAUCUCCAGCCUCGUCAUCCGCCUCCUCACCGCUUCCAAGCAAGCCCAAAUCAAGCCGAGACCUGGCCCGCGCAGAGCUGCGCAAAGCCGCAACCUCAACCUCAUCUACCGCAGCGCUGGCGUCCGCCCUCUCCGCCAGCGCCAGCGCCGACGUCAAAAAGGGGCAGGCCGUGAAGCAGCAACAGAAGACGUUUGACAGACUGCUAGAUGCGAGGAUAAAGCUGCAAAAGGGCCUGACUGUGGCGAGCGAGCUGGACAACACCACCCUCGUCGCGGAACAAGACGUCCAAGCCGCCGCGCAGCAGGCUGAAGAAGCAGCGCUCGCACUCUGGUCCACGAUCGAUUCGAUCCGCUGCGCAUUCAUGGGCGCGCACAACGCGUCGUCCCACCGCACGAAGAGCGACGGCCAGGAAGAGCUGAAGCGUAAGCGACCUCUGGCACCCACGCGUGAUACGUCGACUUCGGAACUGUGGAAUCACACGACCGCGCUAGACUUGAGCACGAAUGCAGUGCACCGCGCAACGCUCGACAAAUGGAACGCCAAAACACAGCCCAUCAUCGACGCCUCUGCAGCCCGCUCCAAACUCCUUCCGGGUUCCUCAUCACAUACCCACUCGUCACGCCUCACCUCCGUCCUCGACACAUACCUCGCCAGCAGCAGCGCCACCCUCAUCCAGUCCUCCACCCCCAGUGACCACAAUGCACUCUACGACGACAUGCCAUUCUACCAAUCGCUCCUCCGGGACCUCAUCACGUCACGCAACGCCGCGACCGGCACCGACAACUCGGACACCAUCUACCUCCCGCCGAAACUGCACACCUCGGGCUCGCGCGCGAAGAAGGUCGACACUAAGGCGUCCAAGGGCCGCAAGGUGCGGUACAACGUGCACGAGAAGCUGCAGGAUUUCAUGGCCGUAGAGGACCGGGGCACGUGGGAGGAUGCGGCGCGGACCGAGUUCUUUGCCAGUUUGUUUGGCAACCGAGGGGCCUUGGAUGAGGUAGACGACGAUGAUGAAGAGGAUGGAGGUGACGGUGAUGGGGAUGCUGGAAAGGAAGAGGUGGCUUUGAGGUUGUUUAGGAAUUGA